AUGCUUAUUGAUUACAAUACAAUCAUUCAUACUUCGGAACAAUUUGAUUAUAUAUCCGUACGUGAUUGUUCAAAAAAAUUCAAUUUCUAUCUUCUCUAUUUGACACGACCAAAAAAUACCAAUCAAACUUAUAAUGUACGUAUUGAUACAUAUAAUAAAGAAAAAAUGGAAUAUUAUGUUAGUAUGAUCUAUCCUAUUCAAUAUUCAUUUUUACCAGUACAUCGUCUUUCACUACAAGUCGAUGUACCGAUAUCAAAAGUUACAGAGAAAUCGAAAAUUUGUCCUUUAAAAUGUGGACAUGGACAAUGUAGAUAUUUUUCCAAUUCCAAUAAAUAUUUCUGUCAAUGUUCUAAAGGUUAUUCUGGAAUGUUAUGUACAAUAAAGAAUGCAUGUGAUUGUUCAUCAGAUUCGAUUUGUAUUGAAGUUGUAAACAAUCGAUCAAUAUAUGUUUGUCCUCUUGAUAAAUUUGGACCACGUUGUUAUCUGAAGAGAACAACUUGCAUCUCGAAUCUAUGUUCAAAUAAUAGUCGAUGUAUUUCUCGUGAUGAGAAAAACUCCGAAAUGAAAUAUUUUUGUCUUCGUUCUCAAAGUUACAUGGGUUCAAGAUGUGAAAAUCUCGAGAUAAAAAUCAAAUUUCAUUUUUCUAAAACUAUAUUCAUUCCACAAACGAUUUUCAUUCAUUUUAUCUAUUUUCCACCAAAAUCUAAUCCACUUCCUAAAAUACCUCCUGAUCCAAUACAAAUUGUAGAAUUUCAUCAACAGUAUUAUCUUGCUUUACUUCAACGUAAUUUUACAUCAUUAAUUAAUAUUUUAACGACAAUUAUUCAUGAACAUCGAUGUUUAUCAAUCAAAGAUUUAUUCAUUGAUGAUAUUCAAAUCUUACCACGAUGA